CUCUGAAGGCCUCCGUCAGGGCCUCGGUUUCCUCAUCUCUGCAAUGGGCACAGCUGUGCUGCAGGCAAUUCUCUCUCAAGAAUUCUCCGCCUCUGAGGUCUCAAGGACAAAUCCUAAAGCAACACAGGCCAAUGGACCUUAGAUUCCAGAACCCCGGGGUCAGGUUCUCACCUGUUCCCUGGCAGCAAUGAAGAAAAAGCAGCCCUACUAUCGCCCUACCCCCCGGCACUCCCCCUUCCCCUGCCCCUCCCCUUGCCUCCUCCCCCCUCCCUGCUGCCCUCCAGCCCUGCCUCCUGCAGGCCCCCACUCUGAGCCCUUGGCCCGGCCCUCCUCCUGCUGGCCCACCUUGCCUGGCCAAGCUCCUGCCUCUCACCAGCUGGCCCCCUCCUCACCUGGACGCCCACAAGGCCCACUGUCCCCACAUGCUCCCUGGAGUCCCCUGCUGCCCCUGCUGCCCCUGCCCUGCCAGCCCCCCUUCCCCACCCUACCUCCCCUUUUGCUGCCUGGCCUCCCUCUCUGCUCUUCCCUCUUCCUUUGCCCUGGACCCCCCUUCUGGCCCUUGUCUGGCCUCCAGCCACCUGGGCAGACUGCUCAGCCGCCCCUACUCCCCUCCCACCCAGUCACCUCCUCCCGCCAUCUCCCCACCCUCGGGCCACCCUGCAAACCGUCCCAGGGACCUGGCCCUCCUGCCAGCGGGCACCUGGACCUCUCGGGGCUCCGUGAGUGGGGCACCGGCUGGGCGCAGGGAGCAGCACAGGCCUGGCAGGUGUGGGGCAGCCUCGAGGGCCCUCCGGCGCUCCAGGAAGCCCCCAUCUCCAGAGUGAGCUCUCAGCCACGUGGGGGUCUGGCCUGGGUCACCGGGACAGAAGCAAGAACAGGCUAGACCCGCCAGAAAUGGGGGCAUCCGUGUUUGUCCUCUCCUGGCUGCCCGGCUGGGCCACACAGCCUGAACUGUGCAACAGGGAUACUGGAAUCCGGAGGAGAGUCAGGCUGCCUGCAGAGAGAGACCCUUUCCUCCGCUACCUGAUUGCCAGUUACAUUAAAUACAUGACAAGAGUUUAUUAAUACUGUACCGUAGUCAACAUCCGUUGAUACGAUGGCCCCCAUGCAGAAAAAGAUUCCAUCGAGCCGAUAACGGUGCUUGUAUUAGUGAUAGCGAAAGUCGUCCUACACAACAACUCUCCUCUCCUCUCCCUCACAACCAGCCACAGAGGCUUUCACAGCUAAGUGCAGGAAAGAACAUGAGUCAGCAACCAAACAGAAGCCGGAGCUGCUCCUUCAGCGAUGUGGAUGAGCUGAUGAAGACAGUGCAGCUGACGGUCCACAUCCCCACCUUCCUCCUGGGCCUCCUCCUCAACGUGCUGGCCAUCCGAGGCUUCAGCACCUUCCUGAAGAAGAGGUGGCCACAUUAUGCUGCCACUUCCAUCUACAUGAUCAACCUGGCAGUCUUUGACCUGCUGCUGGUGCUGUCCCUUCCGUUCAAGAUGGCGAUGUCCAACGUAUGGGCUCCCCAUCCUUCCGUCUGUACCUUCGUGGAGUGCUUCUACUUCGUUAGCAUGUACGGGAGUGUCUUCACUAUCUGCUUCAUUAGUCUGGAUAGAUUCUUGGUCAUCCGGUACCCGUUCCUGGUCGGCCACCUCCGGUCCCCCAGGAAGAUCUUUGGGAUCUGUUGCACCAUCUGGGUCCUCGUGUGGGCGGGGAGUAUUCCCAUCUACAGCUUCCACGGGAAGGUGGAAAAGUACACGUGCUUCCACAACAUGUCCAAUGACACCUGGAGUCCCCAGGUCUUCUUCCCCCUUGAGGUGUUCGGCUUCCUUCUUCCCCUGGGUGUCAUGGGUUUCUGUUCCUCCAGGAGCAUUCACAUCCUGGUCCGCCGUCGGGGCCUCACCGAGGACUGGGUCCAGCAGAAGGCCUGCAUCUGGACAAUUGCAGCCAGCCUGGCUGUCUUCGUGGUCUCCUUUCUUCCGGUCCAUUUGGGCUUCCUCUUGCAGUUCCUGGUACGGAAUGGCUUUAUUGUGGAGUGUAGAGCUAAGCAGAACAUCAGCUUGUUCUUGCAAUUGUCCAUGUGUUUCUCCAACAUCAACUGCUGCCUAGAUGUCUUCUGCUACUAUUUUGUCAUCAAAGAAUUCCGCAUGGACAUCAUGGCCCACCGGCCUUCCAGGGUCCAGCUCGUCCGCCAGGAUACCAUGACCAGCAGGAUCUAAGGAAGGAAAGACCUACGCAGAAGAAGGAACCCCCGGCCCCAAAUCCCAGUGGCAGCUACCGCGUUCCGACGUUUCUGAUGUGGUGGACGGAUGUGGCACAUUUGCUGGUGUGCUUUCCCUUGUGAUGCUCAUUGAACACUGUCUUUGCUCAUUAUGCUCCACAGAGCUUUCCCCAGCAUGCAGACAAUAGGACAUGAAUCACCCAGUAUUUGGGAAUCUCUGAAGGACCCGAGAAACACGUGAAUUCUUUAUUUCUAAGCUCAAAAACAUGAGGCAGAAGAAUUGAGAAAGAGAAGGAGACCAUCGGAGCAAGGCUGUUUCCCAGCUCUUCCCCAUCCUUCUGUUAGACUAGAAGGUUCUGGAAAGGAAGAGAGAUGAGUUAGGAGAGAGACCCAAGAGGGUUGGUCAUGGUGGAAAAUGCUCUGGGAACAGACGGAGCAGGAGGGAUGUCGCCAGCUCCUUUCUAGUUUGGGGAUCCCAGGGUAGAGCAGAUUUGUACUUCCCCAUCCUUUCUGGGGCUUUGUUGGCCAAUAACCUCACAGAGAUGAUAGCAAGUGGGGGUGAGAGGGGCAGAGAAAGAACCUACAGAGAGCCCCAAGUUUCCCAUGGGAAAGAAGGGCCUGGGAAGCCAGCCAAAGCUUCCCGUGUCCUCCCCAAGGCUGCAGAAGGAUGAGGGGAGCCGGUGUGAACCAGGCCAUGGUGAAGCUAUGGACGCUUUGUGGAAGAAUUGGGGACAGAGUGGAAAGGCACUGGUGACACCUGAGAGCCACAAGGGAAUAGGAUACACUUGGGGAAGGAAGGUGACAGGCCAAGGACCCCCUGUUGCCAUCAUGAUGUAGCCUAGAAGAGGCUGAUCUAAGGAUUCAGGCUUGAUUUGGUUCAGCCAGAGGAGAAUAAGGAACAUGUGUUUGUCUUGCCCACCUGAAUCCUGCCAGGACGGCUGGCUCGGAGCCACUGUCCACAGAACUGUCCCUCUCCAGUGGCCGGGAGGGGGCAAAUGAGCCAGCCAGGAAUGGGAGGAAUCAUCUCGAUGGCAUGGAGCCCCUGGCAGUCCCUACUCAAAGACCAAACAACUGCCUCCCGGUUUGGACCGGGCUUCUCUCUCCAGUGGCCCUGAGGAGGAGGAGCGGUGGCGGCUGUGAGCCUUGUGAGGACAUAGCCGCCGCUCCAGAGAGCAAAAUGACUAGAAGGAUGGGUUGUGGGGUGGUUUUGCGAGACGGAGUGAGUGGGACGAGAUGUAAGGGAUGAGGCCUAAUGUGAGAAAGGGGGAGGUCUUUAGGAAGAAAAGAACCACUUUCUACUUGGAGGGAAAGGGGCUUCCACUGCCAAGGGGUGGAUGGAAGGUAGGUGGCUUGUGGCCGAAGAAGAGGGCGAUUUCGAUAACCCUGCCAGGAGGCGGGGGCGGAGGCUGGGUGAUUACCGAGGUGAGGCCCGAAGCCACAGGGCUCUGCGAAGGGGUGGGGUAGCGGCGGGGGGUGGUGGAGAGGAAGCGUGGAGGGCAGAGCUGCUUCCUGCUUGAGAAUCGCCAGCUUGGCUGAGAGCAUCCAAGGGCAGGAGCCCCUCUGCCUCCUGCUUCCGCCCCAGCCAACUCAGUAGUCAGGUGGAGGGAAGGGUGAGAACGCGGCGUCAAUGAAAGGGUGGAAAUAGCUGUGGAGGAAUGAUCAUGACCAGGACCAGAGGCUCCCGCCUCCCCCCCCCCCCCCCCCCGACACUGGGCAUCCAGGAACCGGUAGCCUGGGGCAGGGGCUCUGCAGUCCAAGCUGCCCCGAGGUGCCUACACCCUGCACCGUUUCGCGGCCAUCCUGGACAGAGGCUCUAAGAAAGCCAGGCUGUUACAUCCAGCAGGGGUUGGGGGGGGGGGGCGGGGAGCGGUCAGAGCCCAUGGGUACGUGCAGUCACCGCCUCUCCCUCAGUUUCUCUCUUUGCACUGGGAGCUGGGAGCCCAACAUGUGGCACUUAUAUCUAUCACUUACAUAGGGCCAGACAGGUUUCCUGAGAGAAAAUUGAUGGCAGGGCCCUGACAACCCAUCACCCCGUGUGAUGUUCAUAAACAUAAAAUGUUGUCCUGGGGGCAGCAUGACCCUGCCCGAGCCGGGUGAUGGAGAAGGCGAGAGGGGAAGCUAGACCUAUGAGCUCAGGUUGAUAUGGCAACCGUGGACUUGUGGGUGAGCCUUGGAGACCCCCCCGCCCGCCCGCCACUGAUCCCAACACACUGGAGGAGCCCACGAGCCUCUUCUGUCUCUCCAUGGGGACCCAUCCUGGUCUAUGAGUCACAGAGGACUCAGCAGGGUCUGUAGGGGUGGGCUCAGGUCCAGCGCUUCCGACCAGGCCGCUCUGCAGGAGGGUCCACACUGGAGGCCAAGCAGUCAGGCCCAGUAGGCACAGGAGGGACAGAGGUCAGGGUCAGGGUCAGGGUUCAGGUGCUGAGGCAUUCGAGGGUCCGUUCGAGUUGGCGAACGCUGAGCUUAGUCGUGGAAAUCACUGAAAUUCCUGCCAUCAAAGGAGGCUGGGGGACGUUAUUUGGCCAUAAAUGUGACCUAUUUUUCCUCCCAGUCUGGAAAAACCUGAGACAUACUUGUCAUACGUGCAUGUAUGAAGCUAGCACAAUUAAGUGGAAAAUGACUUGUUUAAUCGGAUUUGCCAAAUAAAUCGAUUCCUGGGA